GAGUGGAAACAGUCAUGGCUGCUGGCAGGUCCCUGGAGGAAGACCCAGUCAACGCAGUGAAGCUGAUGGCCAGCAACAUGCUCGAUGGCAUUUUUGAUGACUUGAUGGAAAAUAGUGUGUUAAAUACGGAUGAAUUGCGCAAAUUAGGAGAAGGUGUGACUCGCAUCGUGAACAGCACUGAAAACCUGUUUGAUGAUAUCAAAGAGAAAACCCAAAAAGCCAGCAGAAUACUCACAGAUCACUUCCUCAACACCGAGGUUCAGCUGAGUUUGAAAUGUCUUUCUGAAAAUGAGGAUGAUCAAUCUGAGGAAAGCGCUGCAUCAUCUUCCUCUUCAGCAGAGUCCAGAGCUGACAGUGAAGAUGAAGAAACUGAGCAGGAUGCUGGAUUAUUGGCUCAGACCUCAAGUCUAGCGCUGACAGAUCCUCAGGAAACCCAGUGUACCCAACUUAACAAGUUGAAGCUUUGCUCCCGUGAUCGUUUUCAUAAAAUGAAGACAAAAAUGAUAGAUGAGAUAUAUCCAGUGAUGGAGAGGGAAGGCCGAACUCGCCUAGCCCUCAUCAUCUGCAACAAAGAAUUCAACUAUCUACCUAAUCGAUGUGGUUCUGAAAUUGACCUUUUGGGGAUGCAAGACCUGCUGGAAAACCUUGGAUACUCAGUGAUUGUAAAAGAGAAUCUCACUGCUGAGGAAAUGGAGAAAGAACUACAGCAAUUUGCGGCCCGCCCAGAACACCAGUCCUCAGAUAGCACGUUUCUGGUGUUCAUGUCGCAUGGUAUCCUGCAAGGAAUCUGUGGGGUAAAGCACAGAAUGCAGGAGCCAGAUGUUCUUCACGAUGACACUAUCUUCCAGAUUUUCAAUAAUCAGAACUGCCGGAGUCUGAAGGACAAGCCCAAAGUCAUCAUCAUGCAGGCCUGCCGUGGCCGAGGUAGUGGGAUGGUGUGGGUGGCCGCUGACUUGGGAGAAGCCGCUGCAGACACACAUGGCCACCCCUUGCUGAAGCGCUGUGUCUGGAGUGACGCGAUCACGAUGGCCCACGUGGAGAAGGAUUUCAUUGCUUUCAAGUCUUCAACUCCACAUAAUGUUUCUUGGAGGCUUGACAUAGGAUCUCUCUUCAUUUCCAACUUAAUCUUCUACUUCAAAGAGUAUUCUUGGUGUCAUCAUUUAGAGGACAUUUUUCGAAAGGUUCAGCGUUCAUUUGAGACCCCAAACAUAGUGACCCAGAUGCCCACCAUUGAAAGAGUAUCGAUGACACGAUAUUUCUACCUCUUCCCAGGGAAUUAAAACUCAUAAGGAUUGCAGGUAAAUGUAUCCUAGAAGUGGAUUUGGGCAUUCCCUGCUCAGAGGCUAUUCAGAGGGUGUGUACAGAAUGAAGAAUAAUGAUGGAGUACCAGCUGCCCAGGGGCUACUGAGGCUCAUAUUAUCUGCUUUUUCGUGGUGGCCCUCAGAGAAACCCCUGGUUUACUUUGACUUCGGCCACAGAAUAAUGGUUGUGUAGGAAAUGGCAAGUCCAUUGGCAGCCAGGUGCAAAACACGUUAAUUCUAACUUCUCUUAGGACCUGCGCUGUGAGUGGAGAAUAUUUGGUUCUGUUGCAUGUACAAGAUAAAAUAGUUGGAAAUGUUACAUAUAGCUGGUCUUUGUCCUCCUCACUGAAGAAAGUCAGUUUUGCUGAGUCACAUCCUUCCCUGUUUAUGAUGCGACUUCCCUACACCACAGCCUCAGCUGACCAGCUGCUCAAUCUGUGCUGAGGCAGUAGGCCCUACAGAUCUUCCCACUUGCAGACGGCAGCUCUAUACAUACCCAUGUGAAAAGGUAUUUGUCAUAAUAGAGAUUAGUUCUAUUUAUAUCUUCCCUCUAGUAGCCAAUUAUUAAUAUUCUCUUAUCUCUACUUUUUCUAGGACAAUGAAGGUAUUAUGGUGUGUAUGAACCUAUAUUUACAAGGUUAAUUUUUGAUCAAGAGUAUUUUUAUACCAAACUUCUCAACUGCCCACUCUUCACAAACACCAGACUAAAAUAAUGCUGAUAUUGUUGCCGAAUUCAUGAUUAA